GUAGGGGGCGCUCAAGCGUCUUCGAUGGUUACCAACCAACAGCAGAAGAAGAAGAAAACGUAGCGGAAGGAAAAUCGGGCUAGCCUGCUAACUAAUAUAGCAUCUUUUUGCUGCCUGUAGUUCUGUGUAAUAAUGGCGCCUUUAGACCUUGAUAAGUACGUUGAAAUAGCGAGACACUGCAAAUACCUUCCUGAAAAUGAUUUAAAGGUGAGUAGCUGUAUUAAAGUGACAGAUUUGGAAUAUUUGUCGUAAACAGAAAUGGUAACUGGAGCGAAGUUUGUCCAACGGCCGCGGCUAAACUUAUGAGCUAACGUUAGUUAUUACACAGGACUGGUGAGGAUGAGGGUUAUUUUGGAGAAGAUAAGGUUAUUUUGCUGUCGAUUGGAGUGAUUAUCAGAAUUACGAUUAAUAUUGAGUUUAAAUGUGAAUUUAAGGGAAAUCUCUGAUGUUCAAUAUUGCUAGUUAGCUCACAGUUACAUGUCAGGAGAGGUAAACAGCCUACAGUCAGCAGAUUCUCCCUGUCUCCAAAUAAAACCGCUACUAUCUUCAGUAAUAUUGUUGAAAACCUGUUUUAUAUUGCGAUUCGUCACUCAAAUAUUGAGCCAACUCAAAAAACCGAAGAGAUAUUCCUAACUUCUAUACUGAAACUGGAAUCACAGUUUCUCUAUCGCUCCCUGUUACAGCACAGUGUAGCUUAAGGUAACAAAAAUGUUUGCGUAGCUCAACAUAGCAUAUCUUUUCUUAUUGUAUGUUAUCAUACAUUAUAUACCGCAUCGUAACGUAUCAUGUCCCAUCGUAAUGUCAUAAUGUUUUAAAACAUAUCGUAUUGUAUCGUAUCGUAUCCUACCGAUAUGUAUCAUAUUGUAUCCCACUGACGAGCGUUUCGGUAUGUAAUUAAAAAAGGCAAUCUAUGAAGUUUGAAUACUCAAAAGGGGACAUGUGGCCAUGUACUGUAGCAGACAUACUUUUGUCAGAAAAUUGGUUCUCACCUGGUACAAAGUUAGCUCACAGUUGCAUGUCAGGAAAGGUAAACAGCCUACAGUCAGCAGAUUCUAACCGAGGAAUAGGAAAUUACAUUAUGAUACAAGAACGAUACAACGCUACUGCAAUAAUAAUGAAAUUGAAUUAAAUCAAUGGGAUAUCGGGAUUACUCAUACUGUUGUGCAUAAUUAACUUCCACUCAAAUGCAUGUCUUACAUUUUUUAGCCAUUUUUACACAGUAAGGCAUUAUCUCUGUUUAGCUUUAUUAUAAUACUGCUGUUAACAUGAUAACUGAGCACUGACAGUUCACCUAUCAUGUUGAUCUUUUUCAGAGGUUGUGUGAUUAUGUUUGUGAUUUACUGCUGGAGGAAUCAAAUGUUCAGCCGGUCUCGACUCCUGUUACUGUUUGUGGAGAUAUUCAUGGUCAGGUAUGUUGUACUAACCUCUGUUUUCUUGAUGUAACAUAAACUUGACACCUUCAUAGGUCAACAACUGUAGUGUUAAGUUUUCAGAAUGACCGAAAAUCCAGCUCUGAGUGUGUUAUCAAAACUGUUUGUAUUUUAUGUUCCUGUUUAGUUUUAUGAUCUUUGUGAGCUCUUCAGAACUGGAGGCCAGGUCCCAGACACAAACUACAUUUUCAUGGUAAGUGACAUAGGUGUCUUUGUUAAUCUUGUACAGGGCCUGUGAUAUCCAGCUUUGUGUUUUAACAACUGAACAGCAUAAUGCCAGUGCAUGCCAGAGAGGCUUCAGAAACUGACUUGGUCUUAAUACUUAUUUACUGUUUAUUUAAAAACUUGUGUCUGAUUUUUUCUUUCCCGUAGGGAGACUUUGUAGACAGAGGAUAUUAUAGUUUGGAGACUUUUACUCACCUACUCGCUUUAAAGGCAAAGUGGCCGGAUCGUAUCACACUUCUACGUGGAAACCAUGAGAGCAGGCAAAUAACACAAGUCUAUGGCUUUUAUGGUAUGAACAAACUGUUACUGCAUGAAUUGAAAUAUUAAAACCUUUCUUUCUUACAUGCUUUUAAAAUCUAGUUGCUGUUUGUUCUUCCUCUUUUUAUUUCUUUUAGAUGAGUGCCAAACAAAAUAUGGGAAUGCAAAUGCCUGGCGGUACUGCACAAAGGUGUUUGACAUGCUGACUGUGGCAGCAGUAAGUCAAAUCAAGUUUUUUUUUUCUUUGAAUACUUGAUCAAAUAUGCAUUCUCUGUAAUAUAACACAUGGAUUUACAAGUGUAGAAAAAGCUGCAUAAACACAUUUGAGAGUCAAUCCAAAACCUGUGCUUUAAUUUGUUUCAGUCUACGACAUUUGUUUCACACACAUGCUCACAUGUGACUUGUGAUCUCUUUUUGGCAGUGUGAACAGUACAAGUUACAUUGAAUCUGAUGUUUUUAAAUCAGCCACAUCCAUAUGUAGUACAAAAUAGGAUACAGAUCAGAUCCUUUAGAUUAGAACAUGGUAAAAGCCAGGCUGGGAUGAAUGGGUAUUAUCAAACUUUUAUGGAGUUUGUUUGACACCUAGUGGCCAAAAAUUCACAUUGCCCUUUUAAGCUUUAAGUCACUGUAAAGCAGAUUGUAUUUGGGUUGAGGGCACAUUAACUUAUUCUUUGUACCUAAUGUGAAUGUAUUUCAUGUCCUUGUCUCAGCUGAUAGAUGAGCAGGUGCUGUGUGUUCAUGGUGGACUCUCACCCGACAUCAAGACUUUGGACCAGAUCCGCACCAUUGAACGCAACCAGGAGAUUCCUCACAAAGGGGCCUUCUGUGACCUGGUGUGGUCUGACCCAGAGGAUGUGGACACCUGGGCCAUCAGUCCCCGAGGAGCAGGCUGGCUGUUUGGCUCCAAGGUCACUAAUGAGGUGUGUAAAGUGUUGUUUUUUUUAACCUUUUUUAAAUAAUGUUCAUAGUCUUUUUUGUGUUUAUACUCUUACUAUUAUUUGUUCUGUUGUUAUAGAUGUGGCUGCUGUUCAUCAUUGACUCUAUAGCAUCCGUUUUGUUGAAGGUAUUUGUAUUUUUGUUUCAGUUUGUUCACAUCAACAACCUCAAGCUCAUCUGCCGCGCUCACCAGCUUGUUCACGAAGGCUACAAGUUCAUGUUCGAUGAGAAGCUGGUGACCGUGUGGUCAGCACCAAACUACUGUUACCGCUGUGGGAACAUCGCCUCCAUCAUGGUCUUCAAAGAUGUCAACAGACGAGAGCCAAAGCUGUUCCGCGCCGUCCCCGACUCUGAGCGCGUCAUACCUCCAAGAACAACCACGCCAUACUUCCUCUAAUGACAGACCGAUCUUCUUUCCCUUCAGAGGUCUCAAACUUAUUUAUAUGCAACAUAUUUUUAUGGGAGUGAUGUCACAUUCAGGUGAACAGUCUCGGGUUACAAACGGUUUCCUUGGCCAUCAGCCUUGAUUGAUUAAAAAAACAUUUUCUCCUUCUGGGAAAAUGAUUCUUUACCAGUUCUUCAUAUUUUAUUCAAGAGGAAAUGUUGUAAGACUUAGUUUCCAUGUUAUGUAUCCCCUCAUAAUAAACCGUUUAAACUGGUGAUAGCUGGCAAUAACACCCACAGAGAUAAAGUGAUGUAUAUUUUUCUUUAUUUUAUAUCGUAGCAGUUUGAGCUCAUGUUGCCUUUUGAAAGUUUUAAAGGACAGAAACUGUUUAAAAACUGCUCCUGUGAAAAACAGCUGCUGAGCCAUCCUCCAGCACUCUGCCUUAAGUGCUGAAUUCAUUUCAUUUUUACACUUUAUUUUUAAUUUAUUGUUUUUAAAAGUGUCUUCUAUCACUGCUGACAUGAUGUGUUUUAAGACAAGUGUCAGUCUUAAACUGGAUUUUAUUUUCUGAUUUGACAUUGUGAUAAAGUGUUGCUGAAGACGUGGCUUCUUUAAGCAAUAUCAUCAAACUUCAAACACACAGUUUUACAGUGAAAGUGUAUUUUCUGGAAUAACACAGCUCAGUAGGUGACUUUGUAACAGAAUUGUUCCAUUUGACUUUCUUCUGUUUUGUAACUUCAAUAAAAAUAUUAUUCAUUAAUCCUU